GGUGGGCGUUGGCCUAGGAGCGCGGCAUUGAGGCGACAGCCAAUUAGAAGCCUGUCUGGACUUUGGCGGGAGGCCGGAAAGCUACAACUGUGCACAUUUGGCGCGAAUGUGUCUGGACUUGGCUGCUGCCGGUUUGUCCUGGAGCUUGAAAGAAUCCCUGAAGCCUUGCGCGAGAGAGGAGAGAAGGAUCCGCUGUGCAGCCAUCAUGCCUCAGACCCGAUCCCAGUCGCAGGCCACCAUCGGUUUUCCAAAAAAGAAGCCGUCUCGGACCGUGGACAAAGCUAAAAGCUGCAGUGACACCAAACUGGAGCUGACCAAGGUCCAGGCCAUCCCCCGGACUCCCUGUGCAAAAAGCCUGCCCCUCAGCCCCAGGAAACGUCUGGGUGAUGACAACCAAUGCAACACUCCCUGUUUAUCACCCUGUUCUCCACCAAAGCUGGGCAGGAAAGAGAAUGGUCCCCCUCACUCACACACCCCGAGGGGACGCAAAUUGGUCUUUGACAAUCAGCUGCCAGUUAAGUCUCCAGGCAAAAGAAGACAAGCCAGAGUUCACCAGAACAAAAUAUGUGCCUCCGUUCAAAAAGGUCCAGAGGUCACAACAAGUUCCGAGCAGAGAUGUCCACUGGAGAAAGAAUCCGCCUGUGUGAGGCUGUUUAAGCAAGAAGGCACUUGCUACCAGCAAGCAAAGCUGGUCCUGAAUACAGCUGUCCCAGAUCGGCUGCCUGCCAGGGAAAAGGAGAUGGAUGUCAUCAGGAAUUUCCUGAGGGAGCACAUCUGUGGGAAAAAAGCUGGAAGUCUUUAUCUUUCUGGUGCUCCUGGAACUGGAAAAACUGCCUGCUUAAGCCGAAUUCUGCAAGACCUCAAGAAGGAGCUGAAAAGUUUUAAAACUAUCAUGCUGAAUUGCAUGUCCUUGAGGAGGGCUCAGGCUGUAUUCCCAGCAAUUGCUCAGGAAAUUUGUCAGGAAGGAGUAUCCAGGCCAGCUGGGAAGGACAUGAUGAAGAAACUGGAAAACCAUUUUACUGCAGAGAAGGGCCCCAUGGUUGUGUUGGUGUUGGACGAGAUGGAUCAGCUGGACAGCAAGGGGCAGGAUGUAUUGUACACACUGUUUGAAUGGCCCUGGCUAAACAAUUCUCGAUUGGUGCUGAUUGGCAUUGCUAAUACCUUGGAUCUCACAGACAGAAUUCUGCCGAGGCUUCAAGCUAGAGAAAAAUGCAAGCCACAGCUUUUGAACUUCCCACCUUAUACCAGAAAUCAGAUAGCCACUAUCUUGCAGGAUCGACUUAAUCAGGUAUCCAGAGAUCAGAUCGUGGACAGUGCUGCGAUUCAGUUCUGUGCCCGAAAAGUCUCUGCUGUUUCUGGAGACGUUCGCAAAGCACUAGAUGUUUGCAGGAGAGCUAUUGAAAUUGUAGAGUCGGAUGUCAAAAGCCAGACUAUCCUCAAACCACUGUCUGAAUGUAAGUCAUCCUCUGAGUCGCUGGUUCCGAAGCGGGUUGGCCUUCGUCACAUAUCCCAGGUCAUUUCGGAAGUCGAUGGAGACAGGAUGACUUUGAUCCAAGAAGGAGCACACGAUUCCUUCCCCCUUCAGCAGAAGAUCUUGGUCUGCUCUCUGCUGCUCUUGACCAGGCAGUUGAAAACCAGAGAGGUCACUCUGGGGAAGUUAUACGAAGCCUACGGUAACGUCUGUCGCAAACAGCAGGUGGCAGCUGCGGACCAGUCAGAGUGCUUGUCACUCUCAGAGCUCUUGGAGGCCAGGGGCAUUUUAGAAUUAAAGAAAAACAAGGAAACCCGCCUCACAAAGGUGUCUUUGAAGAUUGAAGAGAAGGAAGUAGAGCAUGCUCUGAAAGACAGAACUUUAAUUGGAAAUAUCUUAGCUACUGGAUUGCCUUAAAAUCUUUUAUUUUUCAUACCACCCACCUGAAAGUAUCCAGUGUUAUCUAGAACGUUAUAAAGUCUUCGUGUUAGUACUUUAAUAUAUUCAGGUCUGAAAACAGUACUCUUUUUACUUGAAAAUGAUCAAUUUUAAUUUAUAGAUUUAAGAAUGUUUACACAGAAUAUAACAUCUUUGGGUUUUAUUAUUUUGGGGGGAGUGUUAUUUUUAUGCAUUAAAAAUGAGGGUCUUAUUACUUUUAUGCAUUAAAAAUGACCAAGUAGACCCUUUCAAAUUAUAUUUACUACCUUAAUAAGCUUGCAAGGAUAUAGAUUUAUGUUGUGGAAUGUGCGUAUAUUUACCUCUUUGUUCCCUCAAACAUUGGUGUAUUUGAAAGAACUUUGGCACUAAAAUCAGAAGAAUGAAAAAGGGUGAUCCAGCAAAAUAAGCAAGUCCUCGUGGAGAUGUGGAGGACACUUCGUGAUCAAAGGAUUUCUUUCUUUUUGGAGUUUCCUGUGUUUGCGUUGCAGAUACUUCCACAUUGUGGCAUUUUAAAGACUCACUUGAGUUUCUUAGGCACUCCCCAGGGAGUGGGGGUAGUAAGCAGAAUGUAACUCUACAGAUUGUGAAUAUAUUUAUUUUCAAGUUUC